AUGGAGCUGCUGUCGCCGCCGCUCCGCGACGUAGACCUGACUGGCCCCGAUGGCUCUCUCUGCAACUUUGCCACAGCGGACGACUUCUACGAUGACCCAUGUUUCGACUCCCCGGACCUGCGUUUCUUCGAGGACCUGGACCCGCGCCUCGUGCACGUGGGCGCGCUCCUGAAGCCCGAGGAACACUCGCACUUUCCUGCGACCGUGCACCCGGCCCCGGGCGGGCGGGAGGAUGAACAUGUGCGCGCGCCCAGCGGGCACCACCAAGCGGGCCGCUGUCUAUUGUGGGCUUGCAAGGCGUGCAAGCGCAAGACCACUAACGCCGACCGCCGCAAGGCGGCCACCAUGCGCGAGCGGCGCCGCCUGAGCAAAGUCAACGAAGCCUUCGAGACGCUCAAGCGCUGCACGUCUAGCAACCCGAACCAGCGGCUGCCCAAGGUGGAGAUCCUGCGCAACGCUAUCCGCUAUAUCGAGGGCCUGCAGGCGCUGCUGCGCGACCAGGACGCCGCGCCCCCUGGCGCCGCCGCCGCCUUCUACGCGCCUGGCCCACUGCCCCCAGGCCGCGGCGGCGAGCACUACAGCGGCGACUCGGACGCGUCCAGCCCGCGCUCCAACUGCUCCGACGGCAUGAUGGACUACAGCGGCCCCCCGAGCGGUGCGCGGCGGCGGAACUGCUACGACGGCACCUACUACAGCGAGGCGCACAGCGAACCCAGGCCCGGGAAGAGUGCUGCGGUGUCCAGCCUCGACUGCCUGUCCAGCAUCGUGGAGCGCAUCUCCACCGAGAGCCCCGCCGCGCCCGCGCUUCUGCUGGCCGAUGCGCCGCCGGAGUCGUCUCCCGGCCCGCAAGAGGCGGCCGCCCCGAGCGAGGGCGAGCGCGGCGCCCCCACCCCUUCCCCCGACGCCGCCCCGCUGUGCCCCGCGGGCGCGAACCCCAACCCGAUCUACCAGGUGCUCUGA